AUGGUCGGUAUGUUGGGCUUGUUGCAGAACUGCUGGCGGCAGGCAGCAGAUGGGCGCGCCGAGCUCCAAGAGGUCCUCCGAGACAGCGCUGCAGGGACAUCAAGUUUCACAGCAGGGGCUUGGCUAGCGCGGGUCGGCACUUCUACUGCAAGGAUCCCUGCAACAAGAAAGGCCAAUUUUGGCCUCGAGCUAUGCACAAGCAUGCUGCCUCAAUCUCUACAUUUCGCUCCACUAGAUGUCCCAUUUCGAUUCCAUGACAGGUCGGCGAGGUACGGCACAGGCGUGGCAAGUUUCGGCGCUGCGUGUGUUUUGGGUUGA